AUGAAGAAAUAUCUUGAUCAUCUUGAAACUACUAAUAAUAAUAUGAAGACCCUUUAUGAAAGUGAAAACCCAGCAUGUGAACCAUCUAAUAACUGUAAUAUUCAUCUGAUUUCUAAAUGUAAUGAAGAAAUUGAUUCAAGAUAUUGUAUAUUAGAUUUUGAUCUUGCAAAUAGAGAAGUAUUUGAUUUCGUUGAUCUUAAUCUCUAUAUAUCAAAUGAUUCUAUAAAGAAAUAUAAUUUUAUUUGUGAUAUUCAGUUAUCUGUUUCUACGGGAUUAUACAGAUAUCCUCAUGGUUCUUCAUUUAUUAAUGAUAGCUUUAUAGACGAUGAAAAAUACAAAAUUUUAGCAAAACUAGCUGGUUCACUUAUCCUACACGAUAAAUAUUUGCUCGCGGAAAGGCUUGGAAAUAUUAAAAUCGCGGUAGCAUUGUGGAUAAAAAGAGUACAAACAUUUUUAGUGCAAGAAGAACAAAAUAAUAUUUUCACGCGUUUUUCAGCACAACAACAAAACAAUGACAAUUUACCGACUGGAUCUAGGAAUCUUGUACCAACUUCUAAUAAUAAUAUCUCAUACCAAGAUGGUAUACAACAUUUAACCAAUGAUAUAACAGACAAAAUUACGGGUUCCAAUAUCGACAACUCUAAGGAUUCUCGACAUCCCGAUACUACGUCCUAUCAAUCACGUGAUAACAAUAAAGAAACAACAGAGAUUGUACCACUGAAUAAAAAGAAACGGAAAUCAAAAAAUAAGGAACUUCAACCUCUUAAUUCAACAGACGUAACUUUUGUUCAACAACAAUACAACGAUAAGGAGGAAUUGGACUUAGAAAAACAUAAUAGCAAAGUUUCGUCAAAGAUACCAACGAAUUAUGGAAAAAACAGAAAUCAGAAUACUCACGUAUCUGAUAUGGAGGACAUCAUUGCCAUUCCUGUACUCGACUUUAACAAUCAAUCAGAAAUAUUAAUAGACAUUUCAACAGUGCAGAAUAACAUAGAUAUGCCCUCGUCAUACGUCUUUCCAUCUUCGCUUUCAUCGAAAGGUAGUGAAGAAGUGGAUAAUAUUUUGGAACUGUGGCUGAUUAACCAAGACGUAAUUAUGACGGAAGCCGAAGAUAAUAUAAUGGACAACUCAAUCUCCAAUUAUAAGGAAGAAAUGGAUCUUAAAGAUCAAGAUGCAUCAAAAGCCGCAUCAUCAAUCCAAGAAUUUGAAUCAGCCAUUAAAACAAAAGCUGACAAUCAAAAAUGUACAAAAAUCGAUGAUAAGACAGAUCACAAUUGGUAUCCACCUUCAAAAAUUAAGAAACUAAAAAAAGUUCUCAUGGAUAUAAAAAAACAUUCAACACGCAACCAAAUAUCAAUGCACACGUUUAUAGAAGAAAAAGUUGCAACUUACGAUGCUUACAUUCCAAUUAAUGAUAUAAACUUCUAUGACUCGUUUGAUGAUAAACUUGCCUUCAUCGAACUUAACGUACAUAACUUCUCAGACUACGCUGGAGUAGAAUACAAUGCGACUGAUAAACACAUUAUUAUAAAGAACUACGCAAUUGGUGGGAUAAGACGCAUGGUACGAUUGUUUAAUCAUUUUUUCAAGAACAGCAACCUUAAAAUGAAAGAAAAGAAGUACUAUACGCUACAUGGUCAACGAAUUUCUAGUAGAGAGUUCAAAAUUUUGGAAGUACCUAACAAUAUAGAUAGAACUAGCAUCGAAAGUAGCAUUAGACGCUUACUGCAUGGUAGCCCUUUUUUCAUAACGGACAAAAGUUUUAAAUACAGGUCAGAGAAUACUAUGACUGUUUACUUCACAGUAAAGGACGAAUACGCAAGACAGCUGUUGAAGAAUGUAUGGUCCAUUGAUAUUGAAAACUAUAUUUACCGUCUUAGCCCUGCGCAUUUCAAAGCUAGUGAUUUUGAUGAAAGAGAGAAGUAUAGAGGUGAAUUUAUAGGUUUUAGAAAAGAGCAUACAGUGGCGAAAGCAUUGGAAAUUACUGCUCCUUUUAACCCCAAAAGCGCAUUCAAGCAGAGCCCAGACAAGAUCAUUGUGGAAUUUCAAAAUGAGGCUGACCUCUUUAAUGCUUGGACCGCGCCAUAA